AUGAAGAUGUCUUAUUGCCCCUAUAGUCUCCAAUUCUUAAUUUCUUUUGUCAAUAUAUAUAUAUAUAUGAGAAUUUCAUUUGAAUUUGGAUUUUGGAGUUUAUAUGUUCCUCAAUAACAAUUUAAAAAUGUCCCCUAUUUUGAUUAAGAAUUUGACGAUAACUAAUUAAAAGAUGGAUAAUUCUUAUUUCAGUGAAUGACUAUAAUGGUGUUUCAUCGAUAGAAUUUGUUUCGAUGAGCUUAUAACCUGAUCGAGAGAUUCAUAACAUAAUGCUCAAUAGAGACAACAAUAAAAAAUUAGAUUUUAAAUUUACCCCACUAUUUAUGAGAGGAAAUGGGUUUUAAAUGUUUUACAUCUGACUUCUAUAAUAUUUAUAUUUUUUUUGAGAUUACAGAUUAAGUUGAAUAUAGUAAAAAUGCAACAAAUUUCCCAAUUUAUACAUAAAUUUUCUUAGGAGGGAGAGGAAAAGUAAUAGUGCAUUGUAAAUUUUAUAUAGAUUGCUAGAUUAAACCUUAAUAAUUAUAAAGGAAGAUUGUCCAAGAUCUUGAUUGGAAAUGAGGAAUUUUAUUUCUGGAUCCUUACUUCCAUUACAGGAAGAGUAAACUGUCUAUUUUGUCAAAGGAUUAUAAAUAUUCAAUGA